AUGCAAUUAAAAAUUAGGAAUUUUCAGAUUGAAAAUGCUGGAUCAAUUAUUAAACUGUCAGUGCCUGGCAAUUGUAUGAGAAGUAACGUAUUUCGAGAAAGUAAUCAGUCUGAGGCAUAUUGGCAGCUGUGCUUAUAUCCUGCUGGAAAGCGUGUAGAAAAUGCAAAUCAUGUAUCACUUUUUCUUAAAAUGUCUUCUACAUCGCCCACGAAGGAGAUGUCGUUACUAGAGGUUUAUGGUUCAGUAUUUGGGUUUGAGAACAUCAAGGUGACACUUAACGGGAUGUACGGGAAUAUUAAAAGGUCUGGAUUUCCCCAGUCUUUGGUCAAGUUUCAAAUCAAAGUUGAAUAUCGAUUUUAUUUUUUGAAUGAGAGAGAUUUCCCUGUAUUUAGCAAUGUCAAUGUUGGUGAAUUCCAUGCAAAGCCUCCUAAAGGAGGUCAUUCGUGGGGAUUAAGAAAUAUUCCUCGUCAAAAAUUAAGUUCUUUUUGUCAUAUUUGCCAUGAAUAUGUGAAACAACAGGAAAUGGCACUUGAAACAGGUGUGCAAGCUGACUGCAUGUUAGAAUGCAAUGGCCAGUUAAUUCCAGUUAAUCGAUUUUGUUUAUGUGUUCAUUCAAAAGUGUUUAAUGCAAUGUUUUCUUAUGAAAAUAUGUUGGAAAAUAAAGAGAAAAGAGUCGUGAUCGAGGAUACUGAUGUUGAAUCGGUCAAGAUGAUGUUAAAGUAUAUGUACUGCGGUUAUGUGGAUUUGGGUACUAAUGCUGAAGAAGUUUUAAAACUUGCGGAACGUUAUCAACUGGAUCAAUUAAAAUUAAUGUGUGAAGAAAAAAUUAGUACUAAUGUGGAUAGAAAUAACGUUGUAGACAUGUUGCUCUUUGCAGACCUUUAUAACUGCAAGUGGCUAAAAUCGAUUGCUGUUGAAGUGUUACGUACGAAUAAGAGCUAUAUUUUGAAAACAGCGGCUUGGCAAAAUUUAAAGGAGACAAAUCCAGCAUUGGUAACCGAGGUAAUGGAAGAAGUAUUAUUGGACGAUUGCGAUUCACCACCAUUAAAGCGUAAAUGUGAUUACGUAAUGUUUUUUGAGCGAAAUGGUAUCAUAUCACGUUUACGAUUUUCCGAUUUGAAUCAUGGACCGGAAAAGGCGAAGAGAGGUAGUGGAUUUAAAUCAUGGCCUUACCAAACAAUGGGUCGUGUCGAUUUUCAGCUAAUGCGAUAUCUUCAGCCACUGCAUUAUCGAGUUCUAACAGCGGUUGAGAUGGGAAUGAAAAAUCAUGAAUUGGUACCACUGCAUAUUGUUGCUUAUAUUGCGGGUACUCAUCGUGGUGCAGUAAACUGUGCGUUGUCGCAAUUACGAGAAUAUUCUGCAGUAAUUUAUGAAAAAGGCAAAAGAUUUGAUGGAUACCGAUUAACUCAGCAAGGUUAUGACUUUUUGGCGUUAAAUGCUCUUCAUUCUCGCGAGAUUGUGGGUUUUGUCUUUGAAAAAAUUGGUGUUGGUAAAGAAUCACAAAUAUUUCUUGCAGCAGAUGCAAAACGCGACAAUUUGGUAUUAAAAUUGCAUAAAUUGGGAAGAACUUUUCGAAAGUUAAAGGAAAAACGAGAUUAUCAUAAUCGGAGGAAGUUUUGUUCGUGGUUGUACUUAGCAAGGUUGGCAGCAGAGAAUGAAUAUAAAUUUUUGAAAGUUCUUUAUGAAAACGAUUUUCCUGUUCCGCGUCCCAUUGAUAUAUGUCGUCAUACAGUAGUUAUGGAUUUUAUUAGCGGCGUAACUUUGUGCAAUGUUCGAACUGUUGAUAAGCCAGAAAUUCUCUAUGAUAAAUUAAUGUCUUUAAUUGUUCGUCUUGGCGAAUGUGGAUUGAUACACGGUGAUUUCAACGAAUUUAAUAUUAUUUUAACUGAGGAAGAGGAACCAGUUUUAAUUGAUUUUCCGCAGAUGUUGAGCAUAGAUCAUGAGAACGCCGACUUCUACUUUGAUAGAGAUGUGGGCUGUAUUAGAAAAUUCUUCAUUAGGCGGUAUUAA